AUGACCAUGAGUAAGACUGCAGUGCUGCAGAAAAAGAGGAGAAAAGAUUUUAUACCUUACUUUUUAGGAUUUGUAAUAUUUUUGUAUUGCACAGUUCAUCUUGUAUCAUUUACAGCAAAAUCAGCUCAGGAAAGCCACCCAGGCAGGGUGCGAAGGGAUGUCGAGAAUGAGACAGAGUGCAGCGCACCGCAGACCACCGAGUUUCCUGAAGGCUUCUUCACACUGCAGGAGAGGAAGGAUGGAGGCCUCGUCAUCUAUUUUAUGCUUAUUUUCUACAUGCUUCUCGCUGUGGCUAUAGUCUGCGAUGACUACUUUCUGCCAUCUUUAGAAGUGAUCAGUGACCGUCUGGGGCUGUCUCAGGAUGUAGCAGGAGCAACAUUUAUGGCAGCAGGGAGUUCUGCGCCUGAACUGGUCACUGCCUUUCUGGGUGUGUUUGUGACAAAGGGAGAUAUUGGGAUCAGCACCAUCGUCGGAUCAGCAGUCUACAACCUGCUCGGAAUCUGUGCUGCAUGUGGACUCUUGGCCUCUAUGGCAGGCCGACUCAGCUGCUGGCCACUGUUCAGGGACUGCCUGGCAUACAGCAUCAGUGUUGCUGCUGUUAUUGCCAUCAUCUAUGAUAACAAGGUUUACUGGUAUGAUGCUGCCUGUCUGUUGAUGGUCUACGUCCUCUACAUUGUGGUCCUGUGCUUCGACCUUAACAUCAGCGAGUUUGUCCUGAGGAAAAUCAGCCCGUGCUGCACCUGUGUGGCCAGAGAACCUGCUAAGACUGAGAUACAGCCACUGAUGGGCUGGAACGAUGACACCCAUCUCAGAGUGCACAGUCGUUCCAGGACAGACAGCGGGAUCUUCCAGGACGACUCAGGAUACUCUCACCUGUCCCUCAGCCUGCAUGGCCUCAAUGAGAUUCCUGAAGAGCACAAAAGUGUGUUUUCAAUGCCGGAGAGCGACUUCAAACGCAUCCUCUGGGUUCUGUCUCUGCCAAUCAUCACCCUGCUCUUCCUCACCAUCCCUGACUGCAGGAGGAGGUUCUGGAACAGAUGGUACAUGGUAACCUUCUUCAUGUCCGCUGUCUGGAUUUCAGGGUUCACGUACAUCCUGGUGUGGAUGGUCACCGUCGUCGGCGAGACCCUUGGCAUUCCUGAUACAGUGAUGGGACUCACCCUGCUUGCUGCUGGAACAAGUAUACCCGACACUGUGGCCAGUGUGAUGGUGGCCAGAGAAGGGAAAGCUGACAUGGCCAUGUCCAACAUUGUGGGCUCUAAUGUGUUCGACAUGCUGUGCCUGGGCCUGCCCUGGUUCAUCAAGACCGUCUUUGUGGACACCGCCAACCCUGUAGAUGUCAACAGCAAUGGGCUGGUCUACAUCGCCUGCACACUCCUCCUUUCCAUCGUCUUCCUGUUUGCAGCCGUUCAUAUUAAUGGAUGGAAGUUGGAUUGGAAGUUGGGAUUGGUUUGUCUUUUCUGCUACAUCCUCUUUGCCACUCUGUCCAUCCUCUAUGAGCUGGGGAUUAUUGGGAAUAAUCCUAUAAAACUGUGCGGUGACUGAGAUUUGACCUUCCCAGAACCGGAGCCAUUUUCUCGGAAACUGUUAACAUUCCAUAAACACAACAAAUUGUUUUCCAAGUAUAUAAAUCUUUACAUUGUCAAGACAGUGAAGCAUGAUCCCACUCACAUGCUUCUAAAGAUAGUUUGCUGUAAGGACUUGUGCUGGUCACAUCUCAUGAAGAGGAUGAUCUUUAUAAGAGGAAAUGUACCAGAGAUCAUUCGCUUGUGUGUGCCUGUGAGAUCCAGAAUGGACUUAUCAUAAAAUGAAGCCCAGCUAUCAAUGCCGAGAUGUCUUCUGUCUUACUCAAGACCCAUAAACAGAGACUGUGCCGCCUCAGGAGUGACUGCAGAGGUCAAAUAAAUCUAGAACUGACAACUCAGUUAAGUAAUAAAGGUGUUAACUAUU